AUGGAAGUCAAGUGUUUCCUGUUCGCAGCCUUCUUUCUCGUGGCCUGUGUUGCCUUCUCUACACAAGAUGAACUGACAGAUGUAGAAGGUAAAUCAAAAUCAACUCUUUUUAAAAUAGUGUUUUUGUCUCCGUUUCAUCAUAGCACUUUUAUCGCAUCCACAAUGAUUAGUACAAAAAAGCAACAACAACAAUUUAUCGCGCAAAGAAAAGCGCGUUCACAAAUUUUAUUUUAUUUUGCAUCAAUGUUAAGAUUUUUUUUCCCAUUCAUACUUUGAUUUUCUCCUUUUUUAUUCAUUUUUAAGCACCGGCACUCCAACAAGCAGCGGACAAUGGUAAACGGAUAUAGUUAUCAUCAUCAUUUUGUUUUUUUCUAUGUCUUCAUCGAGCCUUUGAGAAUUCGUUUUCAUCUCCAACUAUGUAUAUGUGCAUACCUCAGAGCGAGAUUCCCCUUGACCAAGUUUUUUUUAUUUAUUAUUAUUAUUAUUAUUACUAUUUUUUUAUCUUUUGCAUGAACGUAGACGUACAGAGCCCGGAACUCACAGGUAUGUAUAUUUUGACAUGAAUUUCUUACAAAAUCGAUGAACAGACCUUAAGCUUAAAACCCUAACCAUAAGUCUAAGAAGCUGCAUGAGGGAAAACAUCAACCUUAGGAUUUGAUCGACUUUUGAAAGAUCGUUCUGUACAAAAAUUAUAUUGGACAAACACCAAGCUCACACAUUAUCCACUCGCUAGGAGGUUAAUAUUGUUGAUUAGCCCGAGAUAGCGAGCCGGUCAGGUUGCGUGAAACACCAAGAUUACCUAGUAUGUGGAAACUAAAAUGAAAUUAUCGCACCAUAAAUGAGGUUGUCUAUCGGAAAACCCCUCCCCUUGUUCCUUUGCCCCUCUAGGAAAGUCUGUACGAAUGUAUGGAAGACGAAACACGGGCAAAAAAUAAAUAAAUAAAGCUUUCCAUCUCUUACAAUAUAAAUUGAGCUCCUCGCGUGAGAGUUUCGAUUUUAGAAAAACACCGAUAUUGAACGCUAGUUCUGACCUAAAAAAAAAUUAAACUUUAGACGGAGAGGACGUCGAAGAUGAAGAGGACACUGAAAUAGCGGAAGACGAUGUCGGGGAAGAUGAAGACAGCGAUGAAAUGCAAGAAGAAAACGGUUAGUCACUCGGAGAUGUUGCAUUUUUGAAACAAUAAGGAACGAGGUUGCGAUAAUCUACUAGUGUUUUAUUUAAAAAAAAAAGUAAAACAAAAAUAAAUAGUAAUAAUAUAAUAAUUAUAAUAAAUAUGUACAUGUCUUUAUCUUUACUUGAAGAACGAAGUCUAAAAAGUCUGAAGAAAUAUUGAAGAAAGCUCGAACGAAAUUUAUGUGUUAGGAAAAUCUUUCUUCACUUUUGUUUAUUUUAACUUUAAGAUAAAGUGUUAACACAUUUUCAUCACCUUGAUAUUGAUUUAUUGAUUUAUAAUUUUUAAAAUCCAUAGAUCUUGAAGAUCCAAUUGGAAAAGGUGAGUGUCAGUCUAGACCGAAAAAUUCUGAAAACAAAAAGAAAAAUUAAAAAUCAACAGCAUUUUAUUUUUGGUUCUUGUUACCCUGAUUCCUUCUUUUCUACCCCAUCCUCUCCUACCCCUCUUUAAAUUUGAGCCUCUUAGACGACCGUAGGAGAUUGCAUUCAGUGCCUAGAAAGAUAUGGAUGUCAUUCCUUCAGAGGUUCCUCUCGAAUUUGGUGAACUAUUUUCGAGGCGUCACUCACCCUUAAUAUCAACUCAUCUUAUUCCAGGCGCGGAUCCACACCGGUUUCCACCGUUUUACGGAAAUCGGUCAUAUUUUCAUAAUUAAUAUGUUUCAAGAGAGCUCAAUUUCUCUUGUAUGUUUUUAAUAAUAAAAACACUUUCCAAGUUACCAUCUGGCCAACAUUCUGUUUAGUAAAAAAAUGGGGAUUAUCAUCCUUUAGCGCUCGUUUAGGAAAAGAGAUCGCCAGUAUUCCGUACAGAAAUGAUACUUAUAAAAUCUUGAAAUAUACCAAAAUCUUGAAAACACGAAGGGAUGUUUCGUGAAAUUGGUUGUACUUUCGAAUACUACAAAACGGUCUACAUUCAUAAAAGCUAUAAAACAUUCCUGACCACUGAUGCUUUUGUCAGGUCGGUGGUACAUUCACAUUUUAAUGGAAUUUUCGCUUCUAGGUCGUCGUCGUCGUCGUCGUUGUCGCGGUCUCCGAAAAUGUUUUUUCAUCAAGAGUUGUCGUCGACGAGUUUGUGUCUGCCUGAGACGUCGCCGUCGCCGCACUAGGCCUUAUUAUGACGAGACUGGAUCUGAAAAUGAAGUGAACAACGCAGAAGAUGAAGUUGAAGACUUUGAGGGCACUGGUGAGACAGUUUUUACAACUAUAAAUUGUUUUAUGACAUUACUUCAUUUUCUUUUUUCCUAACUUCAGUUAUCGCUCUGUCAUUUUCUUUAUGUAUAUAUAUUUCCCCUUAUUUAUUUAUUAAUAUCUAUGGGUUACGAAUCACGUAUGAAAUUGCAAAACGGUCAUUGCAACCUUCGUACGUCUCAUGAUCAGUGCCAAGAUGACGGCGAAGUUUUGAAAUUUUAUGAAUGAAUAUGGCAAGGCAUCAAAAGACACUUUAAAAACCUAAACAAACGAAAGACGGCACAUCAAGAAGGAUUCUAACAGGUACUUUGUCGACUCUUAACUUUUGAAAGCGAGGAGUUCUCGAUCGAACCAUGACAAACAUAACUCCACGAUUUCGAACCUAAUUCGUUACCCAUGAUAUUGAUACAAAUGUAGGUAAUCAAAUGGUAUACUCACCUUUUACAGAUAUCAUUCAUUUAUUUAACUUUAUUUAUUCAAUUUGUGGCUGCAGAAGAUUUUGAAGACCCAAUAGGUAAAGGAAGGAAAGUUUACAAAGGUAAGUAUCCAAAUACAUGUAUCACACCCCAUCUCCCUCCCCCCUCGGCUUAUAUUUACAUGUAUUCUUUGCUUUUGUACUGUAACGUUUAUCGAACGCUGCGUCUGGAACAUUACCUCAAAACAGUCAGAACAGUCCGAUUGCGUAUCGCCAUCUGAAUUGUCCUUUGAAUCACUGGAUUGACGCUCUGAGUCAUUUUCAUCACUUCCUUUGAUUUCUGAGUCAUGCCCAGUACAAAAAUAACUCAGGAGGUGAACAACUUUCCCUCCCUCCCUCUUUCCCUCUACUGACUUGAUGAAGGGGCUACUACAGGCACAGUCUUAACUGUUUUCUCGUUAGCGAACUGACUUGGUUCUCUUCGUUCCGGUCAAUGUUUGGCUGUGUGUGCUUCUUUGAGCAGCCUCUGACAUUUUUGGGCCUUUGGAGGAGGAGAACCUCUUGGGUCUUGCACAAAAACUCUUUCGGGUACCCUAAAAAAACUAUAGAAAAAAAAAAAAAGCUUACACGCUUCCAAGAAUACGGCGGAUCUGAUCAUUAAGGUCAGAAAUGUGUCGAAAAUUAAAUGUACUCCAAGUCAUGGUGCUCUUGUCACUCAUGAUCAUACUUUAGACUCUGAAGCUUCAAAAGCAAAGAAUUCCUCCCAACCUUUAUUUUCCUUUUAGCCAGCUUCCAACAUGUAUCUUUCAUAAAGAGCAAUGUCCUUCAAACAGGGUACUCCAGUUUGCUUCCUGUUUGUUUUGUGAUUGAGUAGGGGGAGUAGUAAAAGAGGGUGCCUACCCUCUUAUACCGCUAUCCCCACAAUUUUCACAAUCUUUAAAUCUAAUAGUUAAUCUUUACAUCUAAUAGUUAUUGCUGUGUAACUUUCAGGGAAGGGUCGCAGUCGUCGCCCUCGCCGUCGCUGCAGGAAAUUAGUACGAAAAUGUUUCACCAGAAAAUUGGGCAAGUUGGGACAGAUAAGGCGACGAACCUGCGUACGCCUCUGCCUUCGUCGUUGUUUUUAUGGAGACGAGAAUGCCAACGACAACUAAGU